UCAGCCAUGAAGGCUGGAAGUAUCGAGUGAAAGAACUCUGCAAGGGGUGGCUUUGAUCUGUGGCUGCCCGUGCCGCACGAAGAGAAUAGGUAGGUCGCUGCCUCUCUGCCGUCAGGUAGGUACUACACCAUCCCAAAGGGGCUUUGCACGGGUCUGUGUCGAUUUUACAGGUUUAUCCUCCUCAGUGGCGUAGUAAUCAUGCAGCUGUAGAGAACCUUGGGAGAGAGGAGGGAGUGGGUGUGGUGAGGUCUGGAGCUAUGUAUGGCACAUGUAUUUCUGACGUGUUAGACUUAAAGCUCUCUCCUUUUAGACGUGUCAGAACAACGGACGGUCAUUAUAGCCGUAUUCGGGGUCAUGUUCAGUCUAAUAGAUACAGCGAUAAUGAGUGCGCGUUCUAUUUGGGGAACGACAGCUGGGGCGGCUAUGGAGGCUUUGGAGGCGGGAAGAACGGAGCGAUGGACGGCAUAGAGACAACCGUUUUCCCCCGAAUAGAGCUUACGGCCGUUAUCGCCUGUACUUACGCGGGAAGUUGCCCCAAAUACAGCUGUAAUGACCGUGCGUUCUAUUCGAGGGAAGACGGAACUGUGGAGGUCGCGAGCUUUUGCGCAUCUGGAAGAGCGAUUCAAUAAGGAAACCGACAGGGGGGUUGAUUUUGUCGGGAAGAACGAGAAAGGGGCUCCUUGUCGAGUCCAACAGGGGUUGAUUUUGUCGGGAAGAACGAAAAAGGCGCCAAGGCGCGGCCGCAUAGAGGUGGGAGGAACGGCAUAAAGGCUACAAUGGCGGCGUUCGCGGCUUUCGCAAGGUGGAUUGACAGAUGGCGGGAAGAAUGAAAGGGGGCUUGUUUUCGUUAGAGAGAACUUCAGAACAUGGAGGGGCGGCAUCUAGAAAGCCAAGCUGAUGCUCUGCUCGCAUGGUUAAUCAACGCUGGCGGGAAGAAAGAAAAAAAUGAGGGGGGCGUUCUCGCGUAGAGAAGUCCAGGCAUUGGAGUUAUGGCGGCCCAUAGAGAGAAGGCAGGGGCAGCUCGAAAGUUGAACUGUAGUGUGCCGACAGCGGAAAAGAUGUCGUAGUGGGGUGCUGCUACUGAAGUAGGGGGUCGAUACCGGAAAGCCCACGUGGUGCAGAAGAAGAACGCGAUGAUGGGGAUGAUUUCCGUCCGGCCAGAGAAAGAGGGACAGAAGAAGUCUAUAGCUUGAGUCGCAGACAGAAGAACACCAUAGGUGCCAACUGUCAGACAGAACGAGGCACACUACACAGAGUCGCUGAUGUUAAUCGAAAGAAAAAGUUCCUCUGCAGAGGGAGGAUUACGCUCAUGGUCGGUAUAUGAUGGGGACGACCAGGCAAUCCCCGAUGGAUGGACGCUUGCUCGGUCUCGAUCGGGAUCUCGACGGUUGAGUGGUGAUGAGAAGAGAACGCCAAAUGAGAAGAUCGACGAAAAAGGUUCGGGGGAAGGGAGGGACGGAGAGAGGAGGCAGUGAAGAUGACCGGCGGCGGUUGGGAUUCAGUUCAUAGCCACGAGAGUUGGCAUUUUGUAUCAUCAUUAAGAAAAGUCGUCCCUCGAUGUGUGCAUGGAGGUGGCUAUGGCUGGGAAGAAGAAGAAGACGAAGAAGAGUAAGAGUGCUGAUGUUGUCUAACGGCGACCCAUAGAGAAGAACAUUUAUCAGUUGAGAUUGGGGGAGUGGGUCGAAAACGCCGGACGGCUACCAUCUUGACCGGAAGAGAACGCCCGGUCAUUACACUUGUAUUUAGUGCAACUUUCAGACAGUAUACAGCGAUAAUGACGGGGCGUUCUAUUCGGGUGAAGUGCUUAAAGAUCAGUAUUGUUGCACGGCAGGGGAGAUCAAAUUUUUGAUUUCAUGUUGAUUAGUGUAUAGUGUCGAGCAUGGUGUGCUGUUUUUUGGGAAAGGCCAUAGUUAUUUUGGCCAUGUUCAGACUACCGGUAGGACUUUUUUCGACUGAGCUCUGAACGUGAUUACAGUCAGAUGAAAGCAAGAUUCU